AUGAAUGAGGACUCCGGAGAUGAGAUACAAAAGAGAGCCUAUAAUACGCUGAACGAGUUCUUCAAACAUCACAGCAACGAGGUGGUAGAGAUCGAAAUACUGCCGCCCGCCUUCCCAACUCCAGAUGGAAUCCUUAUACAAGAAGGCUUGAACCUGGGGAUACAUAAGAAGGUUCUUGCUCUGGCAUUUCUCGAAGCAAGAGCUAUCUUUUUCAAUGGCAUCAAAACAGGCAGUAUGGCCUGCACGGAGGCACUGGAGGCUUCGAGCGUGAUUUUACUCUUCGACCCAGAGCAUAUUACAGCCGCGAAUUUCCGCAAGAGGAGGCUGCUGGAAAUGGCCGGGAACCCGCUUGCAUCAAAGGCUUUGGGACAUGCCGUGGACCAAGAGCUUAUUUUUCUAAACAGCAUUCUGACCUCCCCAUUACAUCGGCAGUCAAAGUCGCCUACUCUCUGGUACCAUCGCACUUGGCUUCUCCAAUUCCUGGUGCCCAUCAAGCCGGAGGGUAUUGACGGUGCAGCGCUUGCCUCAUUUGUGCUCCGGGAGUUGAACGCCGUGUGCAAGGCGUCAGAGCGACAUCCGAAGAACUACUACGCAUGGCUGCAUGCUCGCAGGCUUGUUGCCAAAGUGGACGGUUACGAUUUUAUCAUUUUGGAGUCUGCCCGGAAGGUACAACAAUGGUGCUUACGGAACCCGGGUGACGUUUCCGGAUGGUCAUUCCUCAUCUUCCUUCUCAAGAGGCUGCGAGCAGUGAACGAGUGGAAUGCUAUUGUCAACCGGACAUUGGAUUUUGCAGUAAACUUGGGUUGGGAGGGCGAGGCUCUGUGGAUGUUCCUACGGACCGCACUUGCGGAUAAUGCAGCACCUGAUCGGAGGACGCUGGCUAUGCAUAGAUUACGCCACUAUCAGAGUGAGAGGGAAAAGGCAAAGAAUUCCACACGUGAAGAUGGUCAAGACUUCUGCCGGAAAGCUGUUGAAUGGAUUCAGAGAUACAGCAUGACAUGA